UCCGGUUUCUCUGAGGACUCGCCAGCUGAUCGAACUCGUUCCUCUGCAACCUGAUCAGAACCGGGACGCUCCAGGACCGGAUCGCAGCAGAUGACUGCAGGCAGCCAAUCAGAGAGCAGAGGCGGCAGUGAUGUCGUGGGUGGCGCAGCGCUACAGUGACAUCAGCCCUGUGACUCUGCAGGUGGUGGGCGGAGCCAUGAGCUCCAGCCUUUACUGCCAGCAGGUGGAGGGUCUGUCGCAGGUGGAGUCCUUCCUGGUGGAGCUCUUCCGUUGCAAGGUGUGUCAGUUCACUUGCGGCCUGAAAACGGCCAUCGGCAGCCACUUUCUGCUGCGCCAUCACCCUCCCGCCCUCACCUGCCUGACCGGACCCGACGGACAACAGGUGAGCCAGGAGGGGGCGGAGCCAGAGUCGCCAUACCGGCUGAGUCUGGACGGAGAGUCCAAGCAGAGCGACGAAGAUGAGGAAUUCCUGCUCUACGACAUGCUGGGUGGCAUGAGCCCGCCCACCUGUGACAUCAGCACAGAGGAGGGGCUUCAGGUGGCACACACCUGCGAGGUCAGCACUCUGUUUGAGGAGUCCUCCAUGUUCCCCCUGAAGGGGGCGCCGAUGGAGCUGUCCUGUCCCACCACGCCUCCCUGCACCCAGGAGCAGACGGACCAGUCCGCCCAGUCCGCCCACCUCAUGACCCUGGGACUCUGUCGGAUCUCCUCCGUCAAGCCUCCACCCGCCGACGGCCGAGACCAGAGGGCAGGAGAGGCUCCGCCCCCUGGCCGGCUGCCGUGUCCCCUCUGUCCCCUGACGCUCCCGUCCGAACGGCUGCUGGACGUCCACGUUCGGUCACACCGAGCCGCUGGCGGCUUUGGCUGCAGCCGCUGUGGCCGGACAGCCGACAGCUGGGAGGUGCUGGAGCCGCACUUCAGGAGGCGCUGCAGGAGAGGAAGGAGGAGGAAGAGGAGGAGGAGUGGCAGGUCGGGUGGAGGGUCUGCUCAGGUUUCUGACUGGCCUUCAGACAGGUGGAGGGCUGGGCUGACCGCACCACAAGACCCAAAGAGGGCGGAGCUUCCUGACAGCAGACCGUCUCCUAUUGGUCGACCUCUGAAUCUCUCCGGGCCAACAGCCAAUCAAAAAGCAGGAUGUGAUCCUGGCAGCUCUGUUCCCAGUCUGACCAGUUUGUCCCAGUCUGGUUCGUCCCAGGUCGUCUCACCAAUCAGGAACGAGGAGCAGACGGGCCUCACCUGCUCUCUCUGCCACAGGAAGUUCUCCUCUAAGCUGACGCUGAGACGUCACCUGGGCGUCCACGGAGCGGAGAAACCGUUUUCCUGUCCUCACUGUCCCUACAGCAGCAGGCUGAAGGCCUCGCUGAGGCAACACCUGAGGACUCACACAGGUGAGAAGCCGUUCAGGUGUGCCGAGUGUCCGUACGCCUCCAUCGACCGCAGCUCCCUGCUCCGACACAGCAGGACUCACAGCCAGGUGAAGCCGUACCGCUGUCAGCUCUGUGGCUACAGCAGCAUCCAGAAGAAGAGCCUGGACCUCCACGCCCGCCGGCAUCACACAGGUGAGGUGUUUCCAUGCCAACAAUGCGAGUACUCCAGCCCGGACCGCCAGCUGCUGCUGAAACACACGCGGAGACGCCACGCCCCCUCCCUUCUCCCUGCAGUCUGAUUGGACCGAUACCUCCCCAGGUGCUGCUUGCAUGUUUACCUGCAGGAAAUAUUCUGACUUUUAUUUGAUAUGAAAAUAAAGAUGUGAAAAACAGUAACUUUAUCAAGCUAAGAUUUAUAACUUCUGAAAACACCAGGAACACUUGGAACAUACCUGGGACACCUGGGCGGGUUUGCAUCAUUGUUCCAGGUGAGCAGGAAGAGGCUGCACUGGGAGGACCUGCAGGUCCACCUGGGCAUCAGAGCAGAAGAGUUGAGAAACGGCAGCAUUAGCUACAGAGGACCUUGAUGACAUCAUCAUGGUCACAUGACCCCUGGCAGCACUGCACCAGGUCAACGUGAGCCUCACCUGUCAGCAGCUGGUGCUACGUCUCAGCACACCUGGACUUGGAGACAAAGGUUAGGGUCGCUGUCUUUAAGGACGCGCCCUGUAGGGGGAGCUAGAGCUCCUUCGCCGCCUGAGUAACACUUUAGUUGACAGAGUGCAGAAGACUGACAUGACUCAGUCAUGAACAUGAACGAGUCUUUGACUGUUGUCAUGAACAGACUCAAGCUGCUGUGUUCACUGACCUGUAGAUGUUGUGGGAAAUUUGAUUUACUAAAAUACAAAUUAAAGAUUAAAGAUU